ACAAUGGAAUGUUAUCUAUCUGUGGUUAUAUUUGCCCUUAUUUAUCUUCCAGUGUGCACUUCCUGAGGAGGGAACAUCAUGAAUGCAUGUAAGGAACAUCAGUAUUGUGUGUGUGUGUGUGUGUGUGUGUGUGUGUGUGUGCAUGUGAAGAUUGGAAAAGAAUGUCUCCGUGGUGACGCUACAAAAGCCAGACCCUCAAAAUGGGAUAAACAAGAGUUUCCCAAGCUGAAUGCCAGGCUGAAUUCUGGGAAUAGGCCAAGGCUAUGGCUAGGUUGAUGGUAAAGCCUGAAAGCUUCCUCAGGCACAAACAGGGAGGGAGACAGACAUGAAGAUGGCCUGGUGUGUUUCAGACCAAGCAAGCUGGUGUUAAACCAUUUAUUUUUGUAUUGUUUGAUUCCUCUCUUUACGCCUUUUCUGAAAUGCAGACAUCUACACAGUCCCAGGAUGGAGAGAAGAACAUGGUGGCCAGCAUUCAUGACCUUUGGGUUCACUUCCCCGUCACACUCUCUGUGGUCUGAGGAUUGUUUCCAAAAAUGGAGGAGGUAGGAAGGCCUCCCAAUUAAACAAGUAAGAUAAGGAAAUAUCAAGUUCUAUACCAGUAGGCAAAUUACUACUUAAUUUUGAGUAUUUAUAAACAUAAUAUAACCAUUUCCUUGACUGAAAUUUUGUAUUAACGUCUCAUUAUUUGUACUAAUUUUAAUAACAAAGAAAGCUAAGGGUAGUACCAUGUUUUCUGUCAGGCAGAGGUAAAACAAGACAAGGUUUUUAGACUUUGUAGCUGCCUUGCUUAGCACAUAAAUUGGAAGGCCAAAAGUUUAGUAUCCCCAUAUUUCCCAUAACUUUUGACUUGAAGGGGAAGCAACCAUCUUCUGUCUAAUCAGCAGAGAUACUUAUUUCUGGAUCUCUAAGUCAUUUGUUUAGCCCUGUACAGUUGCUGAUAAGCAGUUAUAGUAAGGUUUCUGGGCACUUCUUUCUACCAGAAUAUUCAAAUAAUCCAAGUAUUUGAAGGUGUGAAAUGGAAUGACUUCAUCUCUCACUCGUUCAGAUGGAUGCCAAGGUCAUGGUUACCGUUAGCUGGCCCAGGAGUGUGUCCUAUGGUGUACACAUUUGGGCUAAAUGACAAAGCUAGGUGAAAAUCCAGAAGUUCACAGAUGCCAGAGUUAGCUUUCCGUUAGGGAAAUGCUUACAAGAAACUGGACCAGGAUAAAGCAAAGACUAAGGGACAGAAAGAAAGUUUGAGUUGCAUUGUUGCCAUAUUCUGCAGAAUCAGACUUCAGCUUCUGUUCAGCUCUCUUUGGAGCUAAAAACUCCUCAAGUUCCUUCCUGAGAGACAAGAGCAAUUGCACAAACACUAUAAUCUCUGAUGAUUUCCAGCAUGGUUCCAUCAAGGUUCUGUGACAAGCCUGCAUGAUAAGAUUAUCUGUUUGGGUAUUUCAUGUAUGUGUGUAACCUUGUCACUUGGCUUUGCAACACUGAAAAUUCCCUAAAUAUCCACAGGAAACGAUAAUUCAGCAUUUGGCAGGUCAAGCCAAACGCCUUCCUUUAUUUUCUAUCCUUACCUCCUUCUUUGUCCCACAGUUUAGUUCAAUAAGUCUUAAGUGCCUAAAAUCAUUCUUGGUGAAUAAUGCUGGACCACUCUGAGAAUUUGUGGCUGAGAGCUGGACCCUCGUCAUCAGCACGCACUUUGUCACUGAGACAGGGUAACCCAUGGUUACUGAGCUCAGAUCAGUUAAGGGGCAGAGAGCCUCCCCUCCUCACUGCUCUAUAAAAGAGACCCAGCAAAGGGACCCUACCAGCUUCUAGCUCUCAGCCUGGGCGUAGUUUUGGGAAGCAAAGCCUGAGACCUCCAGAGCCCAGCCGACCAGCUGCAGAGGCAAGACCGGCAUGUCGCCUUCCUUCAAACUUCAGUGUCACUUCAUUCUCAUCUUGAUGGCUCUAAGAGGGGAGAGCCGGUACCUAGAGCUGCGGGAAGCUGCGGACCACGACCCUCUCCGGUUCCUGGGCGCCAACCUGAAGCGGGAGCUGGCGGGGGAGCCGCUGUACCGCCGCGCGCUGCGGUGCCUGGACAUGCUGAGCCUCCCGGGCCAGUUCACCUUCACCGCCGACCGGCCGCAGCUGCACUGCGCCGCCUUCCUCAUCGGCGAGCCCGAAGAGUUCGUCACCAUCCACUACGACCUGGUCUCCAUCGACUGCCAGGGCGGCGACUUCCUGAAGGUAUUUGAUGGUUGGAUUCUCAAGGGGGAGAAGUUCCCCAGUUCCCAGGAUCAUCCUCUCCCCACAACUGAGCGGUACAUAGAUUUCUGUGACAGUGGUCUUAGCCGAAGGAGCAUCAGAUCCUCCCAGAAUGUGGCCAUGAUCUUCUUCCGGGUUCAUCAACCAGGAAACGGAUUUACAGUAACCAUAAAGACAGAUCCCAACCUCUUUCCCUGCAAUGUCAUUUCCCAGACCCCAAAUGGAAGGUUUACCCUGGUAGUCCCGCACCUGCAUCGAAACUGCAGCUUCUCCAUAAUUUAUCCUGUGGUGAUCAAAAUAUCUGAUCUCACCCUGGGACACUUACAUGGUUUGCAGUCAAAGAACCCCUCAGCAGGUUGUGGGGGAAUAGGAGACUUUGUGGAGCUGUUGGGAACUGGACUGGACCCUUCCAAGAUGAUGCCUUUGGCUGACCUCUGCUAUUCCUUUCACGGCCCUGCCCAGAUGAAAAUUGGCUGUGACAACACGGUGGUGCGCAUGGUCUCCAGCGGAAAGCACGUAAAUCGUGUGACUUUUGAGUACCGCCAGCUGGAACCAUACGAACUGGAAAACCCAAAUGGAAACAGUAUCCAAGAAAUCUGUUUGUCUACUCUGUGAAUUACCAACCCCAUGAUUUACAUGCUGCUAGCUAAGUGAGUUUUUAAUGGCUGUUAUAUGUGAUUUUGAUGACCAGCAAGGUAAGAGCGUUUCCAAUCAGUCAGUAUUCCCAGGCUUGGACACAUAUUACAACAUACACACACACAUAUGUAGACACACACGUGGGCGUGCAAGCGUGCAUUUAUUUUGUACCUUCUUUUUCAUUUGUAAUGUAUAGACAACCACAUGGCAGCAGAUAAACCCUCCUUUGCCUUUGGUAGGAAAACAGUUUUCUAUAAUUCUUGGUAUGCUACAAACCUGCCCUGAUAAGGCAAGUGCAGAGCAAUGGGCACUAAAAAAUUGUAUCUCAAGGGAAAAUACGACAAAGAAAUUAAAAUGGCGGUGUUCAGAUUCGUCGUAGAACAGAAAACAAUUAAAUGUCUGUAUACCAAAGUAGUUGUAUCUAUUAUUUUCUGUAUAUUAUUCUGUUUACAAUAGAUAGUAGUCGUAGCUGUUGUUUAUUGAUUUGUAAUGUCUUGUUGCUAACAAACUCUGGAGCAUGGAAAAAAAUUUUCCAUCCACAAAUACAAACAUGAAUAAAUACAUCAGAAUGUUGGCGCCUUGA